AUGUCGAGUUCAACGGUGGGCGGCCUGCUGGUGGAAGAAGAUGAGGUGGAGGACGAAGUGCAGGCCAAGUCGAGCGGGGAGGUGGUGCCGCCCGUCCUCGGCGGGGGUAGCGCCCGUACCUACGUUCCCUUGAAGGCCAAGCACCUGGUCCGAUUGGUGCAGAAGAUGAGCCACGCGAAGCCCCUGAAGCUGAGCGGGAUGGACCUGCAGGGGUUGAGCCUGUGUGGCAUGGACCUCACCGGCGCCAGACUCUUUCGGUGCGACUUGCGCGGAGUCGACUUCCAGUGGGCCAACCUGACCGAGGCCACCCUCACCGACUGCAACCUCACCGGGGCCAAUCUCAAAGGGGCGAAUAUGCGCGAGGUGCAGCUGGCCAGCACCAACCUCACCCGGGCGAACCUCUCCGGCGCGAACUUGCACUUGGCCAGGCUCGGGAAGGCUCAGCUCCGAAGGGCGAACCUCAGCGGGGCGAACCUGGAGGAAGCCCAGCUCGAGGAUGCUGAUCUGCGACAAGCCAAUCUCGCCAACGCCAAGAUGACCAAGGCAAACCUGAUGCACGCAGACCUCCGAGAGGCAAACCUGUCCGGAGCGGUGAUGCUGCGUGCCGACUUGAGGAGCGCCAUCCUCCGCAGGGCCGAUCUGUCUGGUGCUGCCCUUCCAAAUGUCGAGCUGCAGAGGGCGAGCCUUCGGAGAGCCAACCUCACUGGUGCAAACUUGACCUGGGCCACCCUCACUGACGCUGAUUGCACGCAAGCCAACUUGUCUGGAGCCAACCUCUCUGGCGCAGACCUGAGCAACAGCACAUUGACUGGGGUAAAGCUCUCAGAAGCCAAGCUCCACGGCUUUCCACCCACCAAGCUCCCACAAGGGUUCCAGCCUUGA